AUGCUAUUCUCUUCCUCCUCCAUCCAGGCCCUUGCGGCUGUUGCUAGCCUCAUUGGCUAUGCUCACGGCGCUGCCAUUGGCGUUGCAAAGCGUGCUUCGGCAGGCUGCUCGAGGACCCACGACUGGGCCGGUCAGACGAAAGAGUUCAGCUUCGACAGCAGCGGUGGCACUCGCAGCUACAGAAUUCAUCUCCCCUCCAGUUACCAGCCAGGCUCUCCCAAGCCUCUCAUCAUCGCCUACCACGGGUCUGGCGACAAUCCGACCAAUUUUGAGCAGACGACCCGUUUCUCGGAUCCCUCUGUCAACCCGGACAUGAUUGUUGUUUACCCAGCUGGCAUCAACGGAAACUGGGAAGGCCCAACGUAUGCUACCCCCGGUGUCAGCGACAAGGUCUUCACCACGGACCUGGUCAACCGCAUCAAGGACAACUACUGCGUCGACGAGGCCCGUGUCUACGCCACCGGCCACUCCAACGGCGGAGGGUUCGUCAACACUCUUGCCUGCAGUCCCGCACACGGCGGCCAGUUUGCGGCCUUUGCCCCUGUCUCCGGCGCCAUGUACACGGAUGUCACCGGUAACGACAACUGCCACCCUUCUCGCUCCCCGUUGCCCAUGUUUGAGACGCACGGGACUGGCGAUACGACGAUUCCGUAUAACCCUACCGGACCGGGACGUGGUGGCCCGCUGCCUUCGAUUCCCGACUGGCUCUCGCGAUGGGCAGCACGGAACCAGUGCACCACUUCCACGACGACUGACUUGGCCGCUGGUGUUCAUGACACGAGGUGGACGUGUGCGGGCAUUGACAGCUUGCUGCGCCAUGUCAAGAUUGAUGGCGCCUCCCACGCGUGGCCUGGCCCUGGCUCGCAGAUUGACAUUUCGCCUCAGGUGAUCCAAUUCCUUUCUGUCAACUUUAAGCCAUGA